CGUUACAAAAUUCUUGCCAACACGUGUUGAUUUUUUGCCAUUCUUUUUUAAUUCAAUCGAGUCGUAUUUCAUAUUCAUUAUUCAGAAACGAAUAGAUAUAAAAAUGAUUGCCGGCUUUCGGAGAGAGCUGGGCGACACACAAAAUAAUUUAAAGUCGUUACCAUUGUUUUUUUUGUUUCUAGAAGAUUUCAUUCCUUCAUCCGUUCGUUCGUUCGUUCGUUCCUCAUAACCAGAUUCAAGUGAAUCCCCGUUUUGUACGGUGCGAGUACGUAGCGUGCCGUCUUUUCACUCUUGGACACACAUGGAGGCAAGGAAUAUUCCCUGUUGCAAUCGGACGCCUGGGGGAUCCGAACAGCGAUUCCCACCCGAUCCGAUUCAAUCGAAGGCCCGAGGAUUUACGAUUUAUUGCUUCCUUGGUUCCUGGAUUGAUUCUUCUGAGAACGCAGGAGAAUCAUGGCACAAGCAACGAUACGAGCAGCAGCUGCUGCAUCCACCCAUCAAAAGAUGAGGACGACCACUCCAACUCCAACAACAACGACAACAACGACAAUAGCAGCAACACCCCUCCGAGCAGGCAGGAGGGGCAAACGAUCUGGGAAGAGAACAUGGAGCAGCGGAACGCUGCUGCAAGCGUGCCUGGCGAUCGCUACCGGAACCGUCUUUCUGGGAGUGGUACGAAUCGAAUCUGUUUUGUACCGGGAGUUCCGUGACACCACAACAAGGCGGGCCGAAGAAGACUCUCCCAACCUCUCGGGGAAGAGGCACCGUUCGAGCGGCGGGAGCGAAAGCGAGUACCAGGGGAACGACGAAGGGGGGGGAACCAGCGACGGCCUUGUCCGUCGUUCGACCGAGUCACGACCCAUGAUUGCCAGAGAGGCCGGACACGACAAACCCCGCCCGCGUUUGGUGUCGGGUUCUCGUAUCGUCGCACUGAACGAACACCUGGAGAGGGCGACGAUGCCAGCCGAGAUCGGCCGUAAAAUGGCGAGGACGAUUCAAAUGGAAUUGGAAGACACAUCCGCAGCCGCCGAUGGCUACGACCACUACGGUGGCCACUUGGAGUUCGAGAGGGAGUAUUAUGACCAAUGCGACCCUGUUUUGGAUCCCUUGCCCAAAGUUCAUCCCACGUGCAACAGCAUCCAUGAAUUGUUUCUUUCGACGGAGCUCGAAAACGAAAGAAGCUCCUUGUUAUCAAUGAAGGGAGCCUGGAGGAGCGUUUGGAAAGUCGAUCUGAACACAGUCGAUAACGAUAUCGACAAGAUGAAAACGAACACGACAGCAUUGGCAUUUGCACAACCCGAUUCCAACAACUCAACCAUCGUAUCUUCCAAUAAAUCAACAUCGACAUCCUCGGCAGUUCUCAAAAUGCUCCAUCUCCACCGCCGUUUCGACCACCAAUCGUUUGAGGCGCACGCCACCGACAGCAUCGCCAUGGAUCGAUUGACGGCCAGUCCGUACGUUGUCGACGCGUAUGGCUUUUGCGGGCAAUCGGUCGUGACCGAAUUCGCCGAGGUUUCGGGGAGAGAUUAUGUGAAGCGCUACGACAUUGGCUCCAGGGAUCGACUGCGAAUCGCUCGGGAUCUGGCACGGGGGCUCGCCGACAUCCAGGCCCUGCGGGCUCUCCCCCAUGCGGAAUUACUGGCAAAUGCCACAAAGAACGCAACGACCAUCGCCGACUUGGUGAGGGACUACGACGUCGAUCGUGGCACCGGGAUUCGGACGACGACAAGAUCACCCAUUGUCUUUGCCCACAAUGACAUCACUAUCGCCAAUACGGUCAUGGUAGAUGGCAGGAUCAAAUGGAACGACUUCAAUAUCGGUAUAUUUUUGAGAAGACCGAAACGAAAGAACGAUGAUUCCGGUCGCAAACUCCACCGUAGCGAUGACUCGGGCAGUCGGAGGCACCUGCGUUCACCGGAUACAAGAAGUAGCAGCAAUCAUCGACAAGUCGACGACGAAAGCGCCGACGCCAAGGUGCCACCGUCCAAGGGAUCACAGUCGUUGUCGUUCCGGGCAUUCACGGAGGAAAACAGCGGUACCAGCGACGAGGCGUUGUGUCCCGCCCCCGUUAAGUUUCGAAGCGACAUGUGGAGAUCCCCCGAAGAAAUUCGGAACACGAGCUACGUUCAGAUGACACAGACCGACGUGUAUGGAUUAGGAAACAUCAUCUACCAGACCAUGACCCGCCACCAACCGUGGACCUACAAAGAACCCGGUGGGGCCCUCACCAAGGAAGAUGUUGCCGUACGAAAACAAAAUGGGACCAUCCCGACGAUCCCCGAGCAAUACCUGAACACCACCAAGCGCGAACUCCAGACUCUCUUUGCKGCUACUAAUCUCUGUUUCUUCCACGAUCCCUGGAAACGCCCCACGGCACGUCGACUGGCCUUUGGUCUGGGAAGCCUUUACAACCGGGUGUCCCACAAAAAGGGGGUGACCCGGCUGAUGAUUCUGGAUUAUCUCGUUCCGUGACACGCGCAACCAGUACUACAAGAAUGCGCACAAGAGAACAAUGCGAUGUGGGGCCAGCACUCGGAAGAGAGGCAAGCACACAGUGAACACAAAUCAUAAUCCGCCGCAAUCACGCUGUUGCGAUACAAAUGCAAUGCAAUGCCAUGGCAAUCCCAUUUGUCCCUUUUUCUCCUUGGAUUUGCUUUUUAUCGACAGCUGUUCGCUGCGAGAAUAAUGACAGACAUUGCUG